GACAAAAUUAGUAUAAUUAACAAGAUGAAGACAGAAGAAAGUAAACAUACGAGUUUUGACUGCAAUCAUAAAAAGCAUAAAACCUUGAUCUCUUCUUUUAUAUAACUCCAACCAACCAAAAAGCCUUUUAAGUUCCAAACUACCGAAAUACCUGUUACAUAGGGUAGAAAUAUUCUUAAAACAGAUAUUGUUAAAUACUUCUAGAAAUCAUCUAAAUAUUAAAAGCAGAUUUAAAUUACUAUAUUUGGUCCAGCAUCAGAGGCAGUCCUUGGAUAUCUUGCAGGCAAUGGGUCAGUCACUUGAUAUUUCUGAUCAUAAUAGUUUGAUAGUUCACCGAAGACAAGCUGAUACUAUGGGGAAAAGUAGAGACAGGAAGAACACGUCUAUACAAGACGAGAAGGGGUCAAGAAAGAGAAUUACAAAAGUGGCAAAAACUGCAAAGAUGGUAAAAGCAAAGACAAAAUAGUAGUGUAAAGGAUGAGCCAAAAACAGAAGAAGAAAGCAAAGUUCUGAUUUUGCCUUUUGACCCCAUCCAGGAGACUGAAAAUGUCCCUUUACUUUCAAGAGGGACUACUAUAUGGCUCAUCUUUCCAGAGCGAGUCUCUGAAAGUUUUCAUGUUUGGGAAACAAAUAAGUCUAGAACUGUUCCUUUUCAGUCUCUAUUAGUGUUCUGUAAAAUCCUAUGUUAACCACAUGGACAGCGUGCUAGCAGAACAAUAGCCGAAGAAAAUUCUAGAACUUAAAGCUGGAGAUGCCAACUUCGAAGAAGAAAUGCCUCACUUAAUGCUUUGCGGAACAGAUUCUGGCACUAGAAAAAGUCCAACGAGAAAGGGUGGUCGUUGGGGUUACAGAACCACGGCAGUGUGCACAACUAGCCUAGAAGAGAAUACUAUCAGUGAUCACCCAACCUCUCAAGGGAAAAUUGUAAAUCUCAUGAGCAAACAGUCUUCGAUAAUCUUGCAGUCCAUCGGUCAGGCGGUUCAUAUUGUUGAUCAUAAUGGUCUGAUAGUUUACUGGAAUCCAGCGGCUGAACGCCUUUUUGGUUAUUCUCAAUCUGAAGCACUUGGUCGGAGUCCCCUUGAUCUCAUUAUUGAGGAGUGUGACUACAACAAAGCAAACGAAAUAAUAUGCCGGAGUAGCAUUGGCCAAACCUGGACUGGGAACUUCCCAGUCACAAACAAAAAUGGACGACGAUUUCUAGGAUUUGGAACCACGACCCCACUCUAUGAUGAUUGUGGUGUUUUUGUUGGGGUCAUUUGUUUAUCACUUGAUUCUCAACCCUUCCAUGAAGCCCAAACCUUAUUUUCUGCAGGAACAUACCUUUCCUUGGAAACGGCAAAUCCCAGCUCUAGUGAGCUCUCUAAAAGUGGUCCGACGAUAACUUCUGGUCUUGAUUCGCAGGAGAAAUAUUUUCAAGUCCCGAUUGCCUCUAAAGUAUUGAAUCUGACCUCAAGAAUGGUCACCAAAGUCUGGACAAAAAUGAGAACUUGUAAGAAAACCAUGAAACGAGACACCCAAGUUGGAGAUCGCCCGUAUUUUAAUCAUCACGGUUGCUUAGAAUCUGUUUGCUCUGACGAUAGGGAGGACUUCCUGGAGGAAAUAUCCCUGAGAAAACCGUUUCAAGAUUUUGCGGAUGAGGGUGAAGGUAAAUUUGGAAUCUGCAAGGUGAGAGUUUCUAGCAUUAUGGGGAUGUUCUUACCAUGGAAAGGACGUGAACAAGAUGGUUCCAUAAUAAGAACCACUACCCAUUGUGCCUUUCUUGGCUUUAAUAAGAUGACUUCCUUCAAGAAAAGAGGCUGAACCUGCAAAACCAGCUUUUGCAAAGUAACCAACUUGUGUGAAUGAACCCGCUACUUCCUCUUUUAUUCAAGUUUAUCAGUGUUCUAGAGUGAAGUUGAUGUAAUCCAUUUGCAGUGAAAGUCGUUGUCUUUGUGAUUGAGUAAUGAAGUUGGUUCAACUGUCUUCAGUGUCUAUGUAGAAAGUGAUACUUGUUAAGCAAGUAAUAGAACUUCUUAAGGGAGUCAGUCUAGUGUUCGUAAGCAGUUUAGUUUUGUCAUAUUGAAAUAUAUAUCAGUCCUUAAGACCGUUAUUUAGCUUGUCCUGAUGCUCCUUGAGAAAGCCUCCACCAGUUUUUGAAGAUUUUCAUUUGAUGUACUCGUCCUCGUUUUAGGCUAACAGAGCAAUAGUCUGGUAGUACUGUUAGCAGUAGCAGUAGUAGUAGUCGUCAAAUUUUAGGGAGACUGAAAUAUGAGACUUUUUGAAAUAUGAUGUAAUGGGAAGACUUGACACUC